GGCCGGCGAUAUUAGCUAGCACUCGCUAACGGUAUUCUCUGCAAAAGGGAAGACGGUAACUCAAGAAAAUCACCACCUGGAUUGCUUAAAGGACUGUACCUCAAUAAAUUAUAACCGAUCUAAGAAGGAUUAAUCAAGUUGUAAACAUUACAACCGAAGUUUAAUAUUUGUUGCUGGGUGUCUGUUGUCUCAUGAUGGAAGAUAACGGUGCACAUUUCUUCGAGGGGACCGAGAAGCUGUUGGAGGUGUGGUUCUCUCGGCAGGAUGAGACCAAAGGAACCGGGGACCUCCGUACCAUCCCGAGGUUUGAGUGGGACAAACUUCUGGAGAAUGUGCAUUGUUUGAUCAUAAGUGUGACAAAGUCUGACAAGCAGGAAGCUUAUAUACUCAGUGAGAGUAGCAUGUUUGUCUCCAAGAGACGUUUCAUUUUGAAGACAUGCGGAACCACCCUCUUACUGCAAGCACUGGUGCCUCUGCUGGAACUCGCCAGGGAGUACUGCGGCUUCGAUGCCAUCGAGAAUUUCUUCUACUCUCGCAAGAACUUUAUGAAGCCAACCCAUCAAGAGUUCCCUCAUCGAAACUUCCAGGAAGAAGUGGACUUCCUCAGCCAGAUUUUCCCAAAUGGUGCAGCCUACUGUAUGGGACGUUUGAACUCUGACUGCUGGUACCUGUUUACCCUGGACUUACCAGAGUACUGGCAGAACGAGCAUGCGGAUCAGACGCUGGAAGUUCUGAUGAGUGACCUCGAUCCAGCCAUUAUGGACCAGUUCUAUAUGAAAGAUGGUGUUUCUGCAAGUGAUGUCACUCGUAUGAGUGGAAUUUGUGACCUGAUACCAGGUUCUGUGAUCGACGCCACAAUGUUCAACCCUUGUGGAUACUCAAUGAAUGGAAUGAAGACUGACGGAACCUACUGGACCAUCCACAUCACCCCGGAGCCCGAGUUCUCCUACGUCAGCUUCGAAACCAACCUCUCCGAGACCUCGUACGAUGAUCUGGUCAGUAAGGUGGUGGACGUGUUCAAGCCAGGGAAAUUUGUGACUACGCUGUUUGUCAACCAGAGCUCUAAAUGUCGCAGUGUCUUUACUCCUGCCCAGUCGAUGGAGGGCUACAAGCGCCUCGACCGCCAGUUGGCUCAAUUCAACGAUUACAAUUUCGUCUUCACUAGCUACGCCAAGAGCCGCCAGCAGAACCAGCAGAGCUGAGGGUUGAGGAUGAAGAAGAGGCGUAAAAAGAGAGGCGGCCGCCUGGGGCUCCCCCCCGGCGGCCGGCUUCGCCCCCCCGUAGAGAGCUUGUCCUCUUCCUCCCCCCUCCUCUUCCCCUCCUCCCCCGCCGCCGCCUGCUGCUGCUGCUGUUGCUGUCGCCGUUCAGAAUCCCCCGGUGCUGGCGUGGUCGCGAGCCCUAGCUUAUCCUCCAGUUUGAGUUGUUCGCAUUGUUGUACCCGUGACUUAGAUCUCUUGCAUGGAAGCUCUUUUCUCCGUUUCGAUAUCCUAGCUCACUCUUGCUGUGAUCUUGAAGUGCAUGUAGAGGAAUUAGACGCGCUCGGUUUGAGGCUGUCCACCUGUGCCCAGUACAACGUUCCCUUCCUGCAGGUCUCCCCCCUCAUCCCCCACAGACAAGGCUUCCGCCCGCACUAGGCCGGGGCCCUGACAUGCUCAGACCAGUCGGCCUCUUAACCAUCCCGCUCUGCCUAAUCUACUGUCCAAUUCCAACAUUUGGUAUUUUAUGAAUUGCUACCAAUUUUUGAGUGCACUUUUCAAAAAUAAAAAUUGGUUACUCAUGGUACGAAAUGAAGGUCAACCUUUUUGUCUAAAGUCUGAUUGAAUGUACAAGUCCCUUAACGCUUUUUUGGCCAUUCUAAUCGUCGCGUUGCCCUAUUUGAGUUCCUUAUACUUAAUACUUGAUGCUAUUUAACGUUGCACUAUUGGAUAAAGGUUUGCAGCUUAUUGGUCAACGUAAAGCGCUCUAAAACAGAAAACAUUCGACUUUGCUGGGCUCCGAAGCUCACUCCCAUCAGCAUUCUUUCAUUCAUUUGUGCUCCUCCACCUUGACAAUCUGGUAGUCUGUGUGUUUUCCCAAAAUAGACAGCCUUUUUAAAGUUGUGUCUGGAAAAUGUAUGUCUAUGACUCAUUUAAGACAUUGAACAUGUGCACUUAGUUUCACCCAGGCUUUUUAUUUAUUCUUUUUUUUUUUUAUAUAUAUAUACAGCAUGCUGUAUCUAUAGGAAGCUUCUGGGUCUUGAACCCAU